GUUUCAUUGGACAUUGCCGCAAAGUCUAUUUUAAACGUUAACUAACCAAAAACUGACGUUCAACACAAAAUGUGUUGCACGAUACAAAUAAAAGGACAGUGUUGUUCAUAGAAGUACGUGUGAAAUAGUGUUCAAAAUGGCUCAAAAUAAGUGGAAGGAUGUCUUUCAUGAUUUAAGAUAAUAUUACAGAUAAGACAGUUUUACCUUGCGUAUGAUAAUAUGAUAACCGAAUCAUGGUUUUGUUAACCGAUAACAGAACAUAGAUUUAUAGUUAUAAAAAAUUCUAUGUUAUCAAAUUAUUUGUAAAAGCAUGCUAUUAAUUAUUUAAAAUUAUUUAGUAACCUCUGCUGACUUACUUUAAUUAUGAUUUUUAUUUUCAAAUGUCUAGUACUGGGUAAUCAAAUGUUUCUUUUAACUCUUUAACUAUAAUAAAAUUAUUACUAAAGAAUUCUUUGUAUUAUGUCGGUGUGUAAAAAACUUAAACUAGAUGAAAAUCUAUGUAAAAAUUUGUCCCACAAUUGUUCUAAUAAAAAAUUACAAAAAGAGAAAUCAAUUACUCAAGAAGACUACAUUAAACUCAAACAUUAUUUGCGAGAAAAAAAAAAGAUAUUAAAGUCAUACCCAAGAGUAGUAAACAAUGCUCGAGGUAAGCAGUCUCAAAUUAAUGAUAGCGGAAAAAGUGAAAGUCCUUUAACAAUAAAUGAACUAAAUGAAUUAUUUUUGUAUUCAGUUUAUGGGCCUGGAAAAUAUGUGCCAAGAUGGUGCAGUUUAGAAAUGCAAUGUAAUGUUGUGCAAACAUGUAUUUUAUUAAUUGAUAGUGGAGACAUAGAAACACCAGAAGACUUUUCUACCUUUAAAAAUUAUUUUCCUAUAUUUCCUAAGUAUAAUUUUUUACCACCUCUUGAAAUUGAAUUACCUUCCAGUUGGUGUACAAAAAAAGAAAUGGAGUGUGAAUCUAAUGAAAUAGUUCUCAAUAAAUCAAUAAAAAAUAAGAAACAUGAUGAAGUGUGUUCUAAAUUGAGCUUACUAUUAUCUCUUAAUCAAUUAAUGAUGCAUAAUUAUCCUUUACCUACCAAUAAGUCACAAUAUUCUUAUGAUGGUUUUCGUUUCACUCAGAAUCAUUAUCUUCCAGUUUCUGAAGAUAGCCCGAUGUUUGCCAUAGAUUGUGAAAUGUGUUACACCUCUAUAGGUAGAAAUGAACUGACUAGAGUAUCAGUUGUUGAUGAAAAAUUAAAUGUUGUAUAUGAAUCUUUGGUUAAACCCCCAAAUAAGAUUACUAACUAUUUAACCCAAUAUUCUGGUAUUACUGCCUCAAAACUAAAUGGUAUUACUACAACAUUACAAGAUGUUCAAGAAGAUUUAAUUAAAUUAUUUCCAGCUAAUGCAAUUUUAGUCGGACAAUCACUAAACUGCGAUUUAGAUGCAUUAAAGUUAUUUCACCCUUACAUUAUUGAUACGAGUAUAAUAUUUAAUUUAAAUGGGAACAAAGGAUCUAAGAGUAAAUUGAAAUAUUUAGCUAAAUCAUUUUUAAAUAUGAAUAUUCAGUGUAGUGGUAGACAUGGACAUGAUUCAAUUGAAGAUAGCCGUGCUUCAAUGUUGUUGGUACAACAAAAACUUUUAAACUCAUUAACAUAUGGAGAUGCUUACUUAAUAGGACAAAAAAGAUUAGCAGAAUUUAUUAACACACCUAUUCAAUUAAAAAAUUUAGAAUCAUUUAAAAAAUUCAUAGUUUUGCUAAAAUGUAUAACAGAAAGUUCUGCUCAAGGUUCAAUUCAUGUCAAAAAACAGUUUAUAGAAGCAUAUGAUGGCUUAUGGUCCACCAAACAAUUUAUUAUACAAGAACAUUCUAGUAAUAAAGCUGUUCUUGAUUCUCUGUGCAAUUCAAUGAAUGAUAUUUCUAAUAAAUUUUGUAUGGCUCACAUGCAAUUGAAAAAUAAGAAAAAUUUAGAUUUGGUGAAUCGAUGGUGUGAAAAAUAUUGGGCAGCUAUUCCUAUGUAUGGUCUUUGCGCUGUUUUAUUCACAGGGUUUGGUUACAAUAAAAAUAACUCAUUAUGUUUUUUAAAUGUUAAACAACCUCCAUUACCUACUUUGAAGAAAGAUUGGUAGAUAAAUUGUACAAUUAUGUAUGUUAUACUAAACAAAUAAAUAUACAACUGUUUAUAUGUAUUAACUUA